UUUUUAUAUUAUAUGUGUACAUAUGUGUAUAUAAAUUUAUUUAAGCAUAUUGUUUGUAUUACGUUGCCAACGAAUCUCCAACCGGGGACGGGACGCCGCCGGUUUGUUGCGGCAAAGUGUUGAAAAGUAUUAUAAGGAAUUCUCAUUUUGUGUAUAAUUUGGAGCCAAUUUCAAUUUCAUCAUGCAAUCGGUAAAGACGGAUGAUUUACCGGAAAAUCCACGAGAGCAUUCGAAUUUUAUAUCAUCCGCUUGCUUCUGGUACACUUUGCCUACAUUUCUUAAGGGUCGCAAAAGAACAUUGGAUACCAAGGAUCUCUAUAAAGCCUUGAAGGAACACAAGUCAGAAACACUGGGCAACAGAAUUUGCGAUGCCUGGGAGCAUGAGAUACAAAAGAAAAAGGAUAACAAGAAGGAGCCAAGUCUAUUGAAAGUGAUAAUCAAAGUGUUUGGCUGGUAUUUUGCUCUAUUGGGUGUGGUGCUGUUUCUUCUGGAGCUGGGAUUAAGGACUCUGCAGCCAUUGUUUCUGUUAAAGUUGAUAGCUUAUUUCACGCACAAUGAAAAGGAGAGCAUCGAGGCGGCAUAUUAUUAUGCUGCUGGAGUGGUUUUAUGUAGUGCCCUUAAUGUCUUUAUUAUGCAUCCAUAUAUGCUGGGCACAAUGCAUGUUGGCCUUAAACUACGUGUGGGCAUGUGCAGUAUGAUAUAUCGCAAGGCUUUAAGAUUAAGUAAAACUGCAUUGGGCGAUACAACGGCUGGUCAUGUGGUCAAUUUGAUGUCCAAUGAUAUGGGACGCAUGGAUUUGGUUACCAUAUUUGUUCACUAUCUAUGGGUAGGACCGCUUGAGACAGUUUUCAUAACUUAUCUUAUGUAUCAGGAGAUUGGGAUUUCUGCUAUAUUUGGGGUGGCCUUUAUGUUAUCCUUUAUACCACUGCAAGCGUAUUUGGGCAAGAAAACUUCCGUUCUAAGAUUGAGAACAGCGUUGCGUACUGAUGAACGUGUACGGAUGAUGAAUGAGAUUAUAUCGGGCAUACAAGUAAUUAAAAUGUAUGCUUGGGAAUUGCCAUUUGAGCAAAUGGUUGCAUUUGCCCGUAAAAAGGAAAUCAAUGCCAUCAGACAUGUAUCCUAUAUACGUGGUAUAUUGCUCUCAUUCAUUAUAUUCCUCACAAGAGUUUCCAUAUUUCUCAGUCUUGUGGGCUACGUUUUAUUGGGUACAUUUCUAACACCAGAAAUAGCAUUUUUGAUCACGGCCUAUUACAAUAUACUACGGACCACAAUGACGGUAUUCUUUCCACAAGGAAUUUCUCAGCUGGCUGAAGCUUUGGUAUCGAUUAAACGUGUUGAAAAGUAUAUGAAAUCUGAGGAAACAGAUGUCAGUGAUAAGAGUAUGGAUAUGCCCUUGCCCCCGGGUAGCAAUCAGAAUACUCUACAAUCCCCCGCAGAAGGCGAUGAGGACAAUGAGAAGGAUUUGACUGAGAAGCUAUUGAAUCCCUUGCCAAUUUCGUUACCACACAUCAGUGAGAAUGCUGUAUUAUCGGAGGCUGGAAUAUCGAUUACAGAUCUCAAGGCAAAAUGGGAUCCCAAAUCACCGGACUAUACACUAAAUGGCGUGAAUUUGCGCGUCCAACCUGGUACCUUGCUUGGCAUCGUGGGUCGCACUGGAUCUGGAAAAUCCAGUCUCAUUCAGGCCAUACUGGGAGAACUUCGAGCUGAGUCUGGUGAGAUUCGAGUAAAUGGUAGCUUCACUUAUGCCUCUCAAGAACCCUGGCUCUUCUCCGGUACUGUGAGACAGAAUAUACUCUUCGGUCAACCCAUGGACAAGCGACGCUAUGGCCAAGUGGUUAAGAAAUGCGCUCUGGAACGAGAUUUUGAAUUGCUGCCCUAUAAGGAUAAAACAAUUGUCGGUGAACGUGGCGCCUCUUUGUCCGGGGGCCAGAAAGCUCGCAUCAGUCUGGCUCGUGCUGUAUAUCGUCAAACAGAUAUUUAUCUCUUGGAUGAUCCUCUAAGUGCUGUCGACACUCAUGUAGCUCGCCAUCUUUUCGAGCAGUGUAUGCGGGGCUACCUAAGGGAACGCAUUGUCAUCUUGGCCACACAUCAAUUGCAAUUUCUACAGAAUGCCGAUCAAAUUGUCAUUAUGGACAAGGGUCAGGUAAGCGCCGUGGGUACCUACGAUUCCCUGCGACAAUCUGGCCUGGAUUUUGCAAGUAUGUUAGCUGAUCCCUCACGCGAUGAGCAAGAGGAUCAAGCCUCACGCUCUAGAUCCAGCAGUCGAAGUGAUCAUCGACGAAAUAGCGAACAAUCUCUUUUAUCAUUGGCCGAUUCGACACAUGAUGAAACAGUGGCUGAUCAAAUGAAUCCCCAAGAGAGACAAGAAGCGGGACGCAUUGGUUUAGCUUUGUACAAUAAAUACUUUAAGGCCGGAGGAGGUUUCUUUGCCUUUUUCGUAAUGAUGGCAUUCUGUGUUUUAUCCCAGGCGUUAGCGUCACUUGGAGAUUAUUUCCUUUCUUAUUGGGUGGCCAAUAAAGGAGACAAUGCUGUGGUGCGUCAAGUUAAGCAUUCGAAUCUAACCAUUGGCAAUUCCUCAAAUAUUACACCUGAUGUGGUUAAAGAAUCCCCUCGCCUGGCCAAUUGGUUGCACGAGUCCAUCGGCUGGGAUGUUGAUGCCGAAAUGCUGGAUACUUAUAUCUUUACAAUCAUUACUAUUGCCACAAUUGUAAUUACUGUCGCCCGUUCGUUUCUCUUCUUUAAUUUGGCUAUGAAGGCAUCGAUUCAAUUGCACAAUUCCAUGUUUCGUGGCAUUACACGGGCAGCCAUGUACUUCUUCAACACAAAUCCUUCGGGUCGAAUAUUGAAUCGUUUCUCCAAAGAUAUGGGACAAGUAGAUGAGAUAUUGCCAGCUGUGAUGAUGGAUGUCAUACAAAUUUUCCUAUCUUUGGCAGGCAUUGUUAUAGUCAUUGCCAUUGUGAAUUCAUUGUUUCUCAUACCCACAAUUAUAUUGGGCCUAAUCUUCUAUCAGCUGCGAACCUUCUAUUUGAAAACAUCGCGUGAUGUGAAACGCUUGGAGGCCAUAACUCGCUCGCCCAUCUAUUCCCAUUUGGCGGCCUCUUUGACCGGUCUAUCUACUAUACGUGCAUUUGGUGCUCAACGUGUGUUAAUAUCCGAAUUCGACAAUCAUCAGGAUUUGCAUAGUUCAGCGUUUUAUAUGUUCAUUAGCACAUCGAGAGCCUUUGGCUAUUGGCUUGAUUGUUUCUGUGUAGUUUAUAUAGCGAUUAUAACAUUGAGUUUCUUUAUAUUCACCCCAAGCAACGGUGGAGAUGUUGGUUUGGCCAUUACUCAGGCAAUGGGCAUGACCGGCAUGGUCCAGUGGGGUAUGCGUCAAUCUGCCGAAUUGGAGAACACCAUGACGGCCGUGGAACGUGUUGUCGAAUACGAGGACAUUGAACCUGAGGGAGAAUUAGAGGCGCCAGCUGAUAAGAAACCACCUAAAUCAUGGCCUGAAUAUGGUCAAAUUUUGUUUGAUGAGUUAAGCCUGCGUUACUUCCCCGAUCCUAAAUCUGAAUAUGUCUUGAGGGCUUUAAAUUUCGUAAUUAAACCACGUGAAAAGGUGGGCAUAGUCGGGCGUACAGGUGCUGGAAAAUCAUCUCUAAUCAAUGCCCUCUUCCGUCUAUCCUAUACGGAUGGUUCCAUCAUCAUCGAUAAGCGUGAUACCCAAAAAAUGGGACUACACGAUCUAAGGAGUAAAAUUUCCAUUAUACCCCAAGAGCCAGUCUUAUUCUCUGGCACAAUGCGUUACAAUCUCGAUCCAUUCGAUGAGUAUAGCGAUGAGAAACUGUGGCAAGCGUUGGAUGAAGUGAAACUAAAGGAAAGUGUUUCCGAGCUGCCAAGUGGUCUGCAAAGUCGCAUUACUGAAGGUGGCACCAAUUUCAGCGUUGGUCAACGUCAAUUGGUCUGUCUGGCACGGGCCAUUCUCCGUGAGAAUCGCAUAUUGGUCAUGGAUGAGGCCACAGCAAAUGUAGAUCCACACACUGAUGCUUUAAUUCAGACCACUAUAAGGAACAAAUUCCAAGAGUGCACCGUUCUAACCAUAGCACAUCGUCUGCACACAAUUAUGGACUCGGAUAAAGUUCUGGUCAUGGAUGCCGGGCGAGUGGUCGAAUUUGGUGCACCCUACGAGCUACUCACUGCCGUAGAUACCAGAGUAUUUCAAGGGAUGGUUAAACAAACUGGUCAAGCCACUUAUGAUAGUUUAUUAAAAGUUGCACAAAGGGCCUUUGAGGACGCCCAACAACAGCAGAGACGUUCAUCUUCCUGAAAAUUUAAAUGUAGCCAACAGCAUAUUUUUGAGAACUUCAAACCAGACGGAUUCAUAAAGCUCUCUCAAAAGUAAUGGAAGUUAAAAUUCCUAUUAUUUGUGAUUUUGGAUAUAGUUCAAGAAUACCAAGAUAACCGAUGGAUGCAUAAAUAAUGGUGUUGCGGACCGCCCUCUCUCAGGUUAUGCAAUUUGGCUCCUUGAAGCAUAACUAUUUACUUUAUUUGAUGCAUGAUAUAAAUAAUUUAGGAAAAAAUCAAUGUGCCUUUCACAAACAAAAUAAAAUGUUUUUCAAUUUAUAGAAAUGUACCAAAUAAUAUGUUGUUAAAUGUGUACAUAAGCUAAUGGCCAAGUUUGUUAAGGAUUUAAAUGCGAAAUAAAAAUCCCGUCCUAUUUA